AAAGGAAUUCAAAAACGUAGAAUCAGAAAUUAAUGAUGAGCCAACAACUCAUUUUGGGUUUAAAACAGUUAAAGAACGUGAUAAAAGUAAACAAGAAAGUAGCUGAUUCGUAUGAUGUAAUGAAUGAUGCAAUGAGCUUUGGAGUCCAUAGAAUUUGGAAAGAUUUGUUCAUUCAAGAAUUAUCACCAUCACAUGGUUGUAAAUUAUUGGAUACAGCAGGAGGAACUGGUGACAUAACUUUUCGGUACUUAAAUUAUUUAAAUAAUUUAGAAAAUAAAAAAAAGAUUAAAAGUUAUGUUACUGUAUCCGAUAUUAAUCAAAACAUGUUAGACGUUGGACAGUCAAGAGCUAAAAAAUUAGGAUUCACUCCAGAAAUUGGGUACAAUAUAGAUUGGUUGCAAAGUGAUGCUGAGAGUCUAUCUUGUCCGGAUGAAUCUUAUACUGCUUAUACUAUUGCAUUUGGAAUAAGAAAUGUAACCCACAUUGAUAAGGUAUUAUCUGAAGCUUAUAGAGUUCUUCAGCCAGGAGGAAGAUUCUUGCUAUAUGAUCAAUACUCAUUUCAAAUGAUACCAGUAAUGGGGAAGUUGAUUGCAGGUCAAUGGGAACCGUAUCAAUAUUUAGUAGAGAGUAUCAGAAAGUUUCCAAAACAAGAUGAGUUGAAGGGUAUGAUAGAAGAUGCUGGAUUUAGACAGGUGACAUAUAAAAAUCUAACAUUUGGAGUAGUUGCUAUCCACUCUGGCUUCAAAAUAUAA